AUGGAAUUAAAUAAUGAUUUAGAUCUGACGUUUUUCAAUGAUUCUGAUGAUGAUCUUCUCAAUGAUGGUAUAUUCUCGGAGUUCACAUCUAAACGCAUUACAAAGUCCUCUGAUUUCCACAAGUCAUCAUCUGAAGAACUUUGCCUUCAUAAAUCCCCAUUGAAAUGCAUUCAUCCAGCAAACAAAGUCACUCGUACUUCAAGUAAAGGAACAUCCAGACAUCGUAAGCUCCCUGGUCCAGCAGGUUUACUUCCAAAGCUUCCUGAACAUGGGGAUUGUCAACGACAUAUGAUUGGGUCAAAAUCACCCAAAAAGAAGAAAGAUGAUACGGUAUCUAGUUUGAAUGAAAGCUGUCUAUCACCAUCGUUAUCCCAAAAUCAAUCAUCUUCAAGUCAAAGUGAAGAAGCUGCUUUGUUAAACAGACUACAGUCAGAGUGUGGUUCAACCAUAUGGUCGGUUGUCGAAAAAUAUUCCGUCAGAGAAAUUUUAAAAAUGAUCAUUUCUAACCAACUACCGAAGGGUAAAAUCCCAAUAAUGUGUGGUUUUCUUGAUGAAGUAGAACUAAUGCCUACUGACGCAAAAGCACUGUUAAAAGAUAAUUCAGGAGUUUUGGCUUGCACAAUCCACCGUUCAGUGAUAAAGGAAUAUAAAAACGACUUGGGUUGUUGUUGCCUACUUCUCUUGAAACAGGUCACUAUUUUCAGUCCAACUGGCAAAAAGUUUUAUGCCAAUAUAACUCUUCCAAAUAUUGUAAAAAUUUAUACUCCCGAAAAUACCAUUAUUACUUCAGCAUCUGGUCAUUAUACAACAGCACCUCUUUCUUCUCCAUUAUCUCUUCGGGAAGUGGAAGCUUUAGAGGAAGAUUGUUUAAGAGCCUUCUCACCACCACCAACGCCAUUACUACAAACACUUCCGAUAUCUCCCAUUUCGAAACCUAUCUCUUAUAGAAUACAACCACAAAGCAAUCCAUCUUCAUCUGGUUUUAAUUCAGGAUUAUCAAUUACAAAAAGUUUUACAAUGUCACAAUCACGUUCCAGUGGUUUAGGUUCCUUAUUAAAGUCUAAUUCAAUCCCAGUCAAUAAUAAAGUUAAAUCAAUCUGUGAUAAUAGUAAUGUACAGAAAAAAGAUUGUCAAGACAUUAUAAACUCAUUAUUAACAUUUACAACGACUACUGUCACUUCUACGACUACUACUAAUACUACCCUACCUGAUUUAAUAACCGUGAAAGAUGAUCUUUUAGAAGAUGACAUGGAUGAUUUAUUAUCUAGUAUAGCUGAUGAAAUUCCUUAG